AUGGAAAUUGCGGGAAAUGCUUUGGUGGUCGGCGGAGGCAGCGGAAUUGGAAGGAGCAGUGCAGUACUCUUGGCUAAGGAGGGUGCAUCUGGUAUCAUGAUAGGAGAUCUGAACCUUGAUGCAGCCGCAGAAACGGUUACUGAGUGUCAGGCCGUUGCAACACACCCGCAUUUCCAAGCCAAAGCAGUUCUCGUAGACGUAACCAAUGAAGACUCUGUCCGCAACCUCUUUCGGGAAGCGGUUUCAGAAUUUGGCCGCGUCGAUUUCUGCGUCAAUUGCGCUGGCAUUGGUGCCCAGGAGGCCACCGAUAUCGCUGGUCUCUCAUUGGCCGAGUUUCAGCGUUUUCUUGAUAUCAAUUCCACUGGGACUUUUCUUGUCACACGGGAGGCCUCCAUAACCAUGCGUAUGCAAGAGCUAAGACCCCUAUCGAACGCCAGCCGUGGAUCGAUACGUGGUGCGAUCGUGAAUCUCGGUUCGGCAACAUCGUUGGUGGCUAGCCCUGGCGUGCUUCCAUACACAGCAUCAAAGCAUGCAGCCUUGGGUUUGACGAAGAAUAGUGCUCUCGAUAAUGCAUCUUAUGGUAUCAGGGUCAACUGCGUCUGCCCCUCAUGGACUGACACUCCCAUGGUCAGGCGGGCGAUAGAAGGGGUAGAAGGACUUGCAGAAUUCAUCCACAAAGCUGUUCCGCUUGGUCGCAUUGCGGUGCCUGAAGAAGUGGCUGAUGUUGUUGUCUUCCUAUGCAGCCCGAGGUCCAGCUACAUGACCGGGUGCGCUCUCAUCGUCGACGGUGGCACGACUUUGACGGCAUUGAGAUAG